AUGCUUCAUGAGGCAAGCACAUUGUUUGCUGCCUUUCUACUAUAUCUGGCUACUCAAACGGUUUAUCGACUCUUUUUCCAUCCCCUCAGAAAGUUCCCCGGGCCCAAGCUAGCCGCGGCGACUAGCGCCUAUGAGUUUUAUUUCAACGCCUUGAAAGGAGGCAAAUUUAUCUGGGAGAUUGAGCGUUUACAUGAAAUAUAUGGGCCGAUUGUUCGCAUAACACCAAGAGAAAUCCACAUUAAAGACCCGGAUUACUACGAAGAGAUUUAUGCUCCUUUUUCUCGCAGAAGAGAGAAGCCCGAGAAAUUUUACCGACAAUUUGAUCUCGAUGGAUCAGCAUUUGUCACUGUCUCACCAGAGCUACAUCGCGAACGACGUGCGCCCCUGAGCAAAUGGUUUUCCAAGUCGGCAACUACAGACAUGAUCCCAAUCAUAUAUAGAAGUCUUGAUCAGCUAUGUGCACACAUCAAAAAGGCGUCACAGUCUCGUCAGGUCAUAAAAAUAGAUGCCGGUUUCGCUAGCCUGACUUCAGACAUAAUCUAUGGAUAUUUGUUGGGAUAUCCUAGCGAUAAUCUCGGCAAGGCUGACUUCAAUGAGCAUGUAAGAGACGGCAUAAAUGGUAUCCUUCGACAAUCCCAUCUAAUCCUCUUCUUUCCAAUCAUUCCGACAAUUGUCGGCCUUCUUCCAUUACGCAUCUUGAAAUUGAUUAAUCCUUUUAUGCAUGCCUUCGUCGAAGAAAAGUCUCGUGUUCAUGAUCAAGUGGUCAAAACGCUCUCCGGGCAUCGCACAAACGAAGGGUCUGUUUUGGAGAAGGUGUUCGAUAAAGGACUCCCCGAGCAUUUGCGAGGUUCUCGCCGUCUUGCCAACGAAGCAAUUUCAAUAUUGAACGCUGGCACAGAGACCACAGCCAGAGCUCUUGUGGUCGGACUUUAUAACCUCAUCGAAAAUAGCAGUAUUAGAGCCAAGCUUCGAGAGGAACUCCAAUCUGUUAUGCCGAUGCCUGAAUCUCGUCCGACCUGGGACCAGCUGAAACAGCUUCCUUAUCUGUCCAGUGUUGUACUAGAAACCAUGCGCCUUGCUACGGGAGUAACAAUGCGAUGCCCUCGUAUAGCACCGACCGAAGCGCUAGUCUAUGAAGACCAUGUGAUUCCCCCAGGAACGGUGAUAAGCCAAAUCAGCUAUUUUGUCAUGAUGGACCCCACGAUCUUUCCAAGGCCCCACGUAUUUGAUCCAGAAAGAUGGGUUCGCGCUGCAGCAGAAGGCCAGCACUUGGAACGCUAUCUCGUUAAUUUUUCUAAAGGAAGCAGGAACUGUAUUGGUUUGAAUCUGGCGAACGCUGAGUUAUUUCUGACGCUCGCAAUUCUUAUCCGCCAAUUUGACUUCAGUCUAUACCAAACAGCCGAAAAGGACAUCACGUUCGCUCGUGAUUUCGGAGUACCAUACCCAGAGGAUGGGAAUGCUAGUAUGAGAGUCUUGGUGGAAAGCCUCGUUUGA